CAGUCUGCUGGACCGAAUGAACUUCACCACCCAGAUUAAAUGUUAUUUUUUAUUUAUUAAUUAACACCCUGGGGGAUUUUUAAUGAACCCGGAACGAACGCUCGAGUUAGCUAGCUGUUGUUGAGCUAGCAUGUUAGCUUAGCGGCUCACACACACAUGGUUAGUGGCUUAUUAUGGACCCGUUGAGCGUAGCUGCGGAUGAGGUGGCUUUGGAGGGACUUGACGGGAUAACUGUUCCCUCUCUGUGGAUCCGACUGGAGGAGAGGAAGCCGGUAUUCCCCCUGAAGCUCGACGACGACACCAAGGAGCUCAUCUGGAAGUCUCUCCUCAUUAACACCGACCUGAAGUUCUACCAGCUCCCCAAGGAGAGAGAUGACGUGGUGCUGUUUGACAGGUUUAAAGACAUCGACCCCGACACAGGCAUUGAAACAACACACAAGUUUCUUGACACGCGGAAAGAUGUCUACCCGGUUGAAAUCAUUCUAGAAAACAAGGAUGGGAUUCAGGGCUCAUGCGUAGUCUUGACAGAAAGGACAGAUGUCACUCAGCACGUCCGCUCCAAGACCCUCAGCCCAUUACUCAACUUGAAGGAGGCUUUGGAAAGAUAUGGCCGUAAGCUUGUUGUCGUGGCGUCUCAGGCGGUUCGGUUCAGAACCCUAAUUGGUACUGAGAGCGAUCCUGAUUUGAAACUGAACGACGACUCCUACUGUGUGCUGGAGCGAGUGGGCCGAGCUCGAUGGCAGGGAGAGCUUCAGAGGGAUCUGCACGGAUCCGCUUUCAAGAUCGAUGCCCGAAAGUUGCACUACAUGAGGAAGUCUCUGGUCAAACACGGACUCAUCACCAUGCAGUCUCACGUCACACGGGUGAAUUCAGGGCAGCAGCAGCACUCCAUUCUUCUGCUGCUCAAACGCUUCCAUGUAAACAGGAGGACGAAGUACGACAUUCUGAUGGAGUACGUUUCCAACCUUCUCCUGCAGUCACAUGGUCACAUUGCCACUUUGCUGACCCUCAAAGAACAUCUUUCUAGUGUCACUGACAGUUCUUUUAAGCGUGUAUUUCAAUACAUGCGAAGUGCCAAGUUGAUUGUGUACUGCCAGUACCCUCUGGAGGACUUGGAUCCCGCCGCCGGGCCCUGCACCGACAAAAAAGGGAAUAAAGUGCUUGUGCGCUGUGUGAAACUGUUGAAGCCGUACACAAGGAAGGGUGUCACUGAGGAUGACGAGGAUGAUGACGAGGACGAAGAUUACGACAACAGAGCUCUCCCUUCAGAGGGGCGCAUCAUGGAGACCGAUGUCUUGUCACAGGCCUAUCGCAUCGUGUUAUCCUGUGGCACAAAGGGAAUCACCCAGCGUGAAAUGGGGAUAAGAAUGCAUGUUGGUAAGCUGGAAGCUCGUAUGAUCUGCCGAAGGCUGGAGAGGGAUGGUGUGAUUAAGGGAUUCAUGGUAGAUGUGGGUCGGCAGAGGACUACAAGAUUUAUCAGCCACAAGUGUGUCGGUGUGAGUAAUCAACUCCAAAUGGUUGCUAAGGAGCAGGAACGGAAGAAGCUUCUGUACUCCGCACCGCAGACAUCAGACGCUGAACCGCCCUCCCCUAAAACACCGCCAAGCUCUAAGUCCACGGCGAAGGAAAAAACCAAACCCUGUUCAGCAAAGAAGAUUAAGAAAGAAGGCGGAGGAGGAAGCGAGGAUGCAGAGGAGGCUGGGCAGACGUGUGGUGAUGGAGAAGACGAUAAAGCAGAUGAAGGAUUGGAUGGAGAGGGAAGUGAAGCAGGAAGAAAGUCGGGAGCUAAAAAAAAGACUGCAGGAGGGAAAAACAGCGGGACAACUGAUGAGACACAACCGGAGAUCCCCGUCGUACAAACUACACCGGCUGAAUGUGAAACUCCAGCCAGCAGCGAAUGCACGACCAUCACGACACCUGACUCAGAGUCCACUCCCAGAACAGAACCAGCUGGAGUUGAGGAGGAAGAAUCCAACUCCAGUCCUGCCAGCCCCUUACCUGAGAGUGAGGAGUUGAAUGAAUCCGAUAACCCAGUGGACAACAACAUCGAGGUUGUUCAAGAUGUUUGGAAGCUGCAGAUCCCGGCUCGUAAUAAAGCCAGAAGGUCUUGGGCGAGGUCUCAUGAGACGUACCGCCUGUUGAGGAGGAGGAACCUGAUCAUUGAGGCGGUCCGCAACUUCAGAAUCAUCGAGGGUCUUUUCCCGCUACAAAAGAUAAUCAAUGACGAAGAGAAGCAGGAUGGAAUCAGCUCAAAGUGUUGCAAGAAGACUAUUUUACGUCUGGUAGACAGUCUGUCUAAAGAAGGCUUACUUAAGGUUUACAAGACGACCAUCAUACAGGACGGGAUCACCAAGAAGGUCGAGAUGGUCGUUCAUCCGUCCAUUCAGCCCAACGAUAAGAUAGUGAGCCGACUUAUUGAACAGAUCCGCUUCAAAAUCUCCAGCUCUUACACAGCUGUACGAAGAGAGGAGGAGAAAGCCAGAGAUCAAGGCAGAGGGUCUGAUGAUGCACCCGGCGGCUUGUCUAAAGACUCCAAGAAAGACAAGAACAACGAAGCCGACGAUUUCAAGCCCACAACAGUUCGGGGGUUGGGGAAGACCUUUGGCUUCCAGCCUAAGAUGCAUCGUCUGCGUCUCGUUCAUAACUUCCUGUGGUACCUGAUUUACGGUCACCCGGGCGGACUCGACUGCAAGUCCACCACUCAAACUCCAGCAGACACAAAGUGCUCUGACCCUGAAGCCAAACAACCGAAAGAGUCCACAAACAAAAACGGACAAACGGAGCCGUCUGAAAAAGCCGCCUCUGGCUCUGCGGACCAACAAACGGCAGAUUCCACUUCGACUAACUUAGAUGUGGUGUCGUCAUCCGGUGAUGAAGGGGAGGAGGUGAGGGAUAAAACACCACCUGCACAUCUUCAGUCUGACUUGAAAGUGUAUGCCGAUGAAGACUCCUGGAAGAGAUUCAUGCCUCCUGUCCGAGUACACAAGGAGUUCGGCAGCGGCUGGGCGAUGGUCGGCGACCUGCUGCUCUGCCUUCCUCUCUCCAUCUUCAUUCAGGUCAUACAGAUCAAUUAUAAGGUGGAUGGACUGGAGGAAUAUCUCAACGACCCCGUGAAGCAACACCAUCUCAUUAAAGCGCUGCCCGCCAAAAUGAAAAGACAGCUGCUUUACAGACGGAGAUACAUCUUCUCAUUUCAUGAGAACCUGCAGAAGUUGGUCUACAUGGGUCUGCUGCAGUUUGGUCCUGUGGAGAAGUUCAAGGAGAAAGACCAGGUGUUUGUGUACCUGAAGCUAAAUGCGGCCAUUGUCGACACCACCAGCGCUGAGCCUCACUACUGGCUGGUCACUGAGUCACCUGACAAACCAUUUGAGAGGCGCCAGUACACAUUUAACACCGCCGAAGACGUAGAGAACUACUGGUUUGACCUGAUGUGUGUCUGCCUCAACACACCACUGGGUGUAAUCCGCAGCAAGAGAAACACAGAUGAAGAAACAACUCCUUCCUUUGUGCAUGAACGCAACGUGUUUGUGGGACUGGCAUACCUGCUAAAGGGCUGUCGUGAGGUGUCUGACGACUGGGCGAUACCAGGAGACUGUAAAGGGGCCGGAGGUCUGCACUCUGAAUUCUUUGGUCAUCUUAAACGCAACUGGCUGUGGACCAAUCACCUUCUCUAUGUCAAAACGACACGGGGUGGUUUGGAGGCGAAGGAGAAUAAAAUCAGACUGAAGAGCCUCUUGAGUAAAAAUGCUCUCAGGAUUGCACUUAAAGCUGGAGGAUCUACUACACCUCGCUAUGUGACGGCCAAGAGACCCAUAAUAACAGAAACUGUGGAGGUGGGUAUUGAGCCUGCUUCCAGAAACCAGCGGGUGGUCGGAGGAAAGAAACAGAAGAGGAAGAGAAGUAAAAAAGAGGUUGUCAAGGCCCCACGCAAGAAGAAGAAGGAGCCCAAGAAACGCACCCCUGCCCACGACGAGGCCGACCACCGAGCUUUAAAGAUGAUGACCAGACAGAGGGUCUACUGGUCUGUACAGGAGGACUCACUGAUGAUGCUCUGCAGUGUGGCCACACACCUGCUCAACAGCAAACUUAAAAGGCCCUACGUACCUUACUGUGUGGUGAGAGACCUGCUCCACGCCGAGUUCGAGAUAUCGAUGGAUAAAACAUCCGUUGCUGUCGGGCGCCGCACCCGAUACAUCCUCAAAAAUCCUCAGACACUUCUGAACUACAGGAUCUGUCUGGCCGAGGUGUACCAGGACAAACCUCUGAUGAAACUGUUGGAGUCGAAGAAACCUGCUGAUCCAAACAAUCCAGAUGAUUGUGGUAAAUCGUUCUCUGAGUAUGCCAGGCUGCUCAGACAGAAGUUUAGCACUGUUCUUCUGAGCGCUCGAGCUGUGGUCAUGCCUGACUCAAAACGUCAGCUCUUCUCACGGUUUAAGGUUUCGGCAAUAGAGAGUAGAAGGCUGGUGUCAUGGAAAGACACUCUCAACUGCAUUGAUGACAUUCAUGGUAUAGUGUUACAUAACUUGAUCCAGAGCACUCUGGCCAUGACCAACUGUCAAAUGAAGUCGUCCAGAUCCUUUCAGACCUUCCACAUGUACAGUAGGUAUAACCAGGAGCUGCUGUGCCAAGUGUUCAUCCAAUGCAGGAAGAGGGGACUAGUGAACCGCCGUCGCAUCAAUCAACCGUUUGGGCCGAAGAAGAACCGAGCGCUGCCCAUCCUGCCCAUGUCCUACCAGCUGUCCCAGUCCUACUACAGGUGUUUCUCGUGGCGUUUUCCUCACCUGCUGUGCACUGAUUCCUUCCGCUUCCUGAGGAGUCUAAUGAACAACGGGAAGGGAGACGACAGACCCUUUAUCGAGUUCUACCAUGAAACCGAGGUCCGGUCCGAGAACGGCGAGGAAAUCAUGGAGAAAAGAGCGGGGUCAGAGAAGAAAAAAAGACAAAACAAAAGGAAGGAAGAUGGAGGAAAACCAGUGAGUGAACCAGAGCUACAACCAGACACCGCAAACAGUGACUCCACUAAGGCAGUAGAGAACAAACAAAGUCAAACCGAAGGAGGGGAGAAGUGGAUGGAGGUGAAAGACGAGGAAACGGAGGCGGUGAACCAAGAAGAUGAACAGAAAACCCCAGAAGAUUGCCCCACAGCUGGUUCUGGUGAAGGUCAAGCCAUCGGAGAGCAGACGGACGAUCAUCCGCCCAAAGAAGACCCUCCUCAGGCUUCAGAGGAGACUCCAGAUUUGUCGGACAUGCUGCGUUUCUGCAUGGAGUCUCCAGGUGGAGCCUGUGUGGUGUCUCUCAGCCUGAUGUCUCUGGGCCUGCUGAGUGUCUACAUGUCCAUACCCAAACAGAUGGUGGUGGUGGACAGCAACCUGGUGGACAACGAUGUAGUCAAGAACAUGGCAGCUCUGGAAGAAGAGGACGAUGAUGACGAUAAUGCUGAAGAGUGUGACGGGAGAAAAUUAGAAGUGAAGGCCCAUCAAGCGUCUCACACCAACUACCUCAUGAUGCGCGGAUACUGCGCUCCUGGAAUAGUCAAAAUGCGUAACCUCACCACCAACGACAACAUCGUGGUGGAGUCCUGUAUCAUGCAUUUGCAGCUGCGCAACACACCUGCUCACCACCUGUUCAGUACGGAGAGCUCCACACCACUGGAUUUGACUAAAUGUGGUCCGUCCCUGCUGCCCUCCGUCCUCACCUACUUCACCCGCUCCUCCACCUCGCCCUCAGCGGACAGUGUGAACGAGUGCGAGAGCCACUUGAUUCAGCAAAGAGGAUACACUCCUCAGGACAUCGAAGCAUGUGCUCACCUCAGGAGGAGCUUAGACGCAGCCGGUGAGAAUGGCUUGGAUGUACGUGACCUUUACCAGACUCACAUGCACCUGGAGGAGCCACAGUCUGGAUGCACCAGGAGCCUGCAGCAGUACAUAGAGGACUUACAAGAAGAAGGCAAGGUGAUAAAAGUCGGGGGUUUGGGCGCCCGUUGGGUGCUCACGCAUCACGCCGAUCCGUGGCUGCUAACUGUGAACGAAAAGCAGUGGUCCCAGUCACGUUUCUCAUCCGAAAGACUCCCGUUCUUGGAGAAAGACCACAACAUCCCCUUCAUGCGGAAGAGAGCCAGGCGAGAAGUCCGACAGGAGCCCGAGGAACCGCCUGCAAAAAUAAUGACUUUGGAUACACAGGAAGGCGAGGACAGACGGGACUUAGGGGGAUCGCCGCCUGAAGCAACAAGAGAGGAACCGAAUGAGGAAGAACAGCUGGAAAAGCAGAAGGAGAGGGCAGAUGAGGGGAGUGGAGACAAAUCGUUGAACCUGGAAGAGGAGGGAGGGAAGCUGACGCAGCCUGAAGAGGAAAGAGAGCAGGAGACGGUGGAACAUGAGGGAAGACAGGAAGAAAAGAAACAUUAUGGAACCAGAUCAAGAACCAAGAGUGUAGACGGUGAAAGAGAGGAUGAAGCGUGCUCUCCACCAACAGGACCAGCUGGUGACGACAAUAAUGAAAAUGUGAGCUUCAUCAGCCGGCCGUGGCGCAUGGUGGACGGCAAUCUGAACCGGCAGGUGUGUAAAGGCAUGCUGGAGGCCAUUCUGUACCACAUCAUGUUCAAGCCCGGACUCACGCAGCAGGCGCUGGUGGAACAUUACAAAGACGUGUUGCAGCCGUUGGCGGUGCUCGACCUGGUGCAGGCGCUCAUAGACAUUGGCUGUGUGACGAAGAAAACUCUGGUGAAAGCUCCUAAACCCUCACUGUUCGCCCGCUCUGUGCGACAGAAAAGCCCGGAGACGAAAGUGAAGAUUGAGGAACCGGGCGAGGUGUUUUACGAGCCGACCAUCAGCUGCUGCCUGCGGCUCAGUCACAUGUUACCCAACGAACGCCACUGGAACUAUUGCAUACAGUGAAGGUCAUCACGGAGGUUAUCUGGUAUCACAUUCGGUACAUGAUAAAAGGCUUUUGAAGUUUAAGAUGAUUUAAAAGCUAAGUUAUAAGCCUUAAUAAUGUAAGUUUACAAAAUGUUUCAUGUCAUCAGUUUCUUUGAAAAUAGCACUUCUGGUUUUACAGAACGAGGAUUUAUUUUUACAUUUCUUUCUUUAUAGAUUUAUUUUUGUUGUUGUCAAAAAUUUUUUUCUCAGAAUUUAAAUGAACUGAAUGUAAUUCUGAGACAAAAAUGUUUGUUUUCCUUUUUUGUAUGCUAAAUAGCUUUUCAAAUUAUUAAUAAAAGUGCAUUACUUUACAUUC